AUGUCGUCGAUACUCCAUGCGCUCAACGACCUCUUCGCAUCCCUGGCCGAACUAGCAUGGUCCUUCGUCACGACCGCGGGCUCGCUCGUCGAGAAAACAGGCCAGUUUUUCGUCAACUUUGUAUCCGAGUUCCUGAGCCUCAUUGCCAACUUCAUCCGGGGUCUCGUUGAUCUCGCCGGUGGCAUCGUUGGCUUCGUGCUUGGCAAUGUCCUUAUGCUGGGUGUUGUUGCCGCCGCUGUCUUUGGCUUCUUGCAUUACCAGCGCAGCCAGGGCAAGCAGGUUACGGUUGGAAACAAGAAGCUGAAUUAGCUGUUGCUGCUACGAUGCAAGCGGUGUGAUCGAGGGGGGAGGAGAACGUCUCUUUGGUGCUGCAGAUUGUCAUGAUACCCUUUACCGCAGCAUUGGCCAUAGUACUGUCAGCUAGCUGGUAUGACGGGACAGCCUAUGGUAAUAAAUCAGUUAUUCAUUAUACUUGACCUCGAACAACA